AUGUUCACUGGAAUCGUCGAGUGCAUGGGCAAAGUGGUCGAGUUUGCGCCGUUCGACACGACCAACAUUAACGGCACCUGUCUGACAGUGACUGAGUUCACCACAGAUACAUUAAGGUCGUUGCAAUCCGGAAGCCAAGUCAACCUUGAGCGAGCACUGGCGGCCGGCCACCGGUUCGGUGGUCACUUUGUUCAGGGCCAUAUUGACACCACGGCGGAGAUCAUUGAGAUUACUCCGGAUGCAAACUCUAUCUGGUACAAGCUGCGCGUCGGGGACAGGAAGAUCAUGCCGUAUAUUAUCCCCAAGGGCUUUAUUGCUCUGGAUGGCACAUCGUUGACUGUUUGCGAUGUGAAUGAUGACGAGGCAUGGUUUACCAUUAUGAUGAUUGCCUAUACGCAGACGCAUGUUGUCAUGCCGACGAAGAAGACCGGCGACCUGGUUAAUAUCGAGGUCGACAUGCUGGGCAAGUAUGUUGAGAAGGUCACCACAGCCAUUCUGGAAGGGUCGGGAGAAAACGCCGGCAGCGGGAACGCCGCACCAGCACGUCAUAUAUCGAAAAGAUCCCCUGGAGUUUUUCGUCAGAAAGGUGUACAAAGAGGCGAUUUCAAUUUGUGCCUUUUAUAG